CCCCUCCAUUCAUCCCUCUGUCCGGGGCCAGCAGCAGCGGGGUAGGAAGCUAUAUGUCUCCCGCUCACAGCAGCGCACGGACCCCUCCGCUGUGUGUGCAGGCCUGACAGUCUCCCGGGAGCAGCAGCCGCAGCUUCGUGAUGGAACAGAGGAGCCGGCUCUAAGCUCUCGCUCCCCGCUGACAGCUCGUCAGACAGGUCCCCAUGACGGACACGCGCAUAGAAAGCUCCUCAGCGGCAGGCGUCGCUGCAGGGAGCAGGUCACGUUCGACGUUCCCUCCACAGUAGUCAUUACAGCAUUACUGUCACUAGAGCGAUAUUAGUGCUUACCAUACUGUCUCACUUGCCAGGAAUUCGGCGCCAUUUUAAAAAUGACCAAGGUUGCUGCGGGUUUCAGGAAGCUUUCACAUGUGUACAGUUAAUGACUACAAAACCUAUAUGCUUAAUCAGUGUACGGAGUGAUCUUGGAGGGCGCCAGAAUGUCUUGUCAGGUUCCCAUUAUAUUCCAUGAUGUUGCAGCUUCUUUUACAGAGGAACAGUGGAUGCGUCUGGACAACUGGCAGAGAGACAUUUACAAAAACGUCAUGAUUGAAAUCCAUCGAGCCCUAACAACAUUAGGUUAUGCGAUCGCUAACCCAGAUGUUUUAUUUAGCAUUAAAAAACCACAUGAACCAUGUGUGCGAAUUGAUUGUAGUUCUGGAGAAACUAAAGAGAUUCCUGUUGGAGACCAUCCUGACAUUUUAAUAAGGAUAAAGGAAGAAGACGGCGAAGACCAAAUAGAAACUUUUGUUGAAUCAUCGAAUUCCAGUGCUGUGAUCACAUCUGUUGUUUCCCUGGAUUUGAAGGAAACCCAUGACCUGCAUGAUGAAGCCAGUUCUGACGCUCCACAGAACAUGAUGAGUUCUACAGAGUCCUUGGGUUCUUGCCCUUUCGUUAUUAAAACAGAUAAAGGAAUUUUUUCAAUAGAAGACAAUGAUGGAGAUGGGAUUGAAAACCCUGAACGUUUCAAAUUAGACCAUUUAAUUAAACAAGAAGAGGAGGAUAUGAGUGGUGACUGCUUGGAGGACAAAGAUGCUAUCAUCUGUCGUAGUCCAACCCCUGUCAUGGCGAAAGAAGAGGAAGAUGAUUGCCCCUAUGAAGAAGAUGAAUUAACAGACAGUUACAGUACAGAUUUACACUGUCAGGAUGCAAACACACAGCAAAAUGACUUUCUGGAAGAGCAAUUAAAAAAUUCUGUACGGGAGCCCACUGAGGUUAAACAAGAUGAAGAAAAGACAACAAAACGGGAUAACAUGGAGAAAGAGAAUAUCAAUAUGUGCCAUGACAUAAAAUGUGUAGUAGUGAAGGAAGAAGAGGAAGAUGAUGAACACAUAGAGCACAAGGAGCCAAUAGGUUCUCUGACUGACAAAGCUGUGACCUGCUCCAGAAAUGUGCACCAGGAGGGCCAGGCAUAUAAAUGUGUGGAAUGUGCUGAGUGGUUUCUUGGAAUGACUUCACUCACGUUACAUCAGGCAACACACACCAGUGAAAGACCGUUCUCUUGUGACCAGUGUCCAAAAACAUACAGAUAUCAGUCCAGUCUGUACAAGCAUAAGAAGACCCACAAAGGAAAGAGGCCAUUUGCCUGUGAAGACUGUGAUAAGAGCUUCAGUCACAAUGUGUACCUCCUGCGACACCAGUUAGUCCACACAAGAAAGAAGCCUUUUGAAUGUAACUUGUGUGAUAAAAAGUUUUACCGUCAAACUGGGCUCGACAAACAUCAUCUCGUAAAGCAUAUGAUUACUACAGGAACAUAGGGGCCGAUUCAAACCCUGACACUGAUGUCCAAAAAUCUGCACAAGCACUUACGCUGGUACUCGCAUGUGCAAGGUCCUAAACUGCGUUCUCUUCAUAACGCAGUUUAAGACCUGGAGGGGGGUGACAACAUGGUGUCGACACUGUUUUGUGGGCGUCAAUGCUUUUUUAGGGGCGCAGUCUGGACAACGCAGGCGUGUCCGGACCGCUUGUGGGGCGGGCCGCGGCAGCAGCAUGAUGUCACACGCAAACACUGCGAACCUUAACAUGGUGGGUAGCCGUCUGCUUUCGCAGCUAUGGUGCGCAGGCAGAGCGCUACUCAAAACAAGCAAAAGCAUCGCCUCCGUGCAAUGCUCUCACAUAUCUGCAGGGGGGGAUGGGUUUGGCAUGCGAGGCGGACUUGCCCUGUCUUGGGCGUUCCCUCCGCACGUCAAAGAAAUUGAUCAUAAUGUGCGUUUUCUCGCACAUCUACGAUCAUGUCUGAAUUAGGCCCCUAGUACUCUAAUUAUGUUGAGAGAACUCGUUCCGAUGAUGGGAACAUGUACAUUUUUUUGUUUUCGAUUCCUCAACAGAUUUAGGAAUCCAAUUGUUUGUUUGUUUUUUUGUAAUUGCACUUUGACACCGAGCGUCUGCCCUGCUUGUCCAUUAAUUAGGAGUAACAUCUGUAACUAGAUGGUGUAUUCCUGUGCUUAGCGCAACAAAUAAACCACAAUAAGAUGACAGCUGUGGACGCUAUGGCAGUCUAUAGCUACAACAUCAUAUAAUACUAGUGUUUGGCAUAUAUUUGAUAACAGGGAAAGUGUGGCUCUCUAGCUUUUGUGAAAUGAAUGAUGUAAUUUCUCUCCUUUACCUGCUCUUUUUUAUUUAUGCCCGAAACGUACUGAUUAUCUGUGAUUUAUUGUUCUUCUUAUAUUAUGAAAAGCAUUGCAAUUGAAAAUCGCAUUCGUAAAUGUUUAUAAUCUCUGUAUUCUGAAAUAUGUGCAAAAGAAGUAAAGGCUAAAGUUAGUAUUAGUAUAGGAGGAAAACUAAACCAACCUACAGUAGUAUUCAGUUAUUCUGUCAUUAUCUGUGCCAGUAUUAAGCAGUUUUUCUUUAUCUAUUUCAAUAGGUAUUUCUGCAGUAUAAAAUGUCAGUAAUUUAUUGCACAAAGUAUUUGACCUAUUGUGUAUAAUGUAAAUAAAAACAUAUUUUUUUAAAGUGA